AUGGAUCCUAAUUUCAAACCAAGAAGAAGUCCAAGAAUUGCAUCAAGAGCUACUGUGGAACAAGGAGGACAUGAAGGUGCUUUUGGUCGGUUUGGGGAACCAUCUGGUCCACACACAUCAGUAUCUGUGAAAAGAAGACCUGCACCAAAAGGAUUGAAGCCUCUUCCUGCUAGUAUGCAAUGGAAAGAAGACAUAUACGAGCUAGCAUGGGAGGGUACGAUCUUCUCCAAGCAUCAAGAAAGGCUUGUUCUAGUCAGUAAGGCAAAGGCGCACAAGAUGAAGUCUGCACCAGAGAGCCUUACUACUGGUUGGCCACGACUGCUGAAGAUGGGUAAUGUUAUACCAGAAGCCACUGUUGGCAGGUCAUAUGAAGGACAAGCCCAUGAUUUGAUCUUUGAGAUUACGGGUGACGAGAAAAUAUAUGACCUACUAAAUGAGAACGAGCUGUGUAUUAGAUUCAGCCUGCCUACUCAGUCAUUGAUAAUCACCCCUGCUGAACACAACCACUUCACUGGGAGAGUGUAUGCAGGGGGAGGACCUCUAGUGGAGCAACAUCUGGUUGCACAAUACAAUCAACAAAGGCAUCAGUAGCACCAAUAUGCCACAACUGGUACAAGACUGCGCAGUGAGCAAGUCAUUGUACUGAAUGACUGGCUCAAUGCAUGGGUUUCAGGUAUAAAAUUCGGCCUGCCUACUCAAGUCGUUAAUAAUUACCCCUGCUGUACACAACCACUUCACUGGGAGAGUGUGUGCAGGGGAAGGACCUCCACUGGAGCAACAUAUGGUUGAACAAUACAAUCAAAGAAAGCAUCAGCAACAGCAAUAUGCCACAACUGGUACAAAACUGCGCAGUGAGCUUUCAAGUAUAGGGACGACC